AUGUCUAUGCAGGCUUGUGUGUCCAAAGAGAAGGGCGAUGAGUUCACACUGGCGCCGGUACUUGGAAUGCGAGCCAUGUCGGAGGAGCAUCGUGGCCUAUCGAUCGAAUAUGCCAUCCUCGUCGAGAUCGUCUUGUAUUUUUUGUCUUCUCGAAGCAUGUCUUUCUCUCCCUUUCCUACCAAAGUUUUCCUGGUUCUCUGCACCACACCUCUUCAAGUUUCCGUCAUCCUCACAUUCCAUCUGCUGUUCUCGACGGAUCUAUUCAGCCCGCCAGACACAUUCUCAUCUCCGCAGGUCGCACGUCCCAAUGUUAAGGGCAUAUUUUCGCAAAACUAG